UGAUAGCGAGGCUGUGGGCGGGACUGCCCCAGUGCUGUUGCUGACUGAGGCUGCAAGAUGGCGGAGCGUCUCACAGCCCAAGAGGAAUUGACAGUAGAAGAGUUUUUCACAGAACUGAAAAAUAGGGAGCAGCCCAAUGUCGUCUUGGUGUCCCAAAACACUGCUGUGAAAUUUUUGAUUGCAAGAAAGUUUGAUGUAUCUCGAGCCAUUGAUUUAUUCCAGGCAUAUAAAAAUACAAGAUUAAAAGAAGGCAUUUACAAUAUCAAUCCUGAUGAAGAGCCUCUACGUUCAGAACUGCUGAGUGGCAAAUUUACUGUUUUACCUGGAAGAGAUGCUAAAGGAGCAGCUCUAGCCUUGUUCACUGCCAGGUUACAUAGACCUGAUGUUACUACACAUAAAGCAGUACUUCAGGCUAUAAUCUAUCAACUGGACAGAGCAAUUGAAAGUGUAGAGACACAGCGAGAUGGCCUAAUUUUCAUCUAUGAUAUGACCAGUUCAACAUAUGGAAACUUUGAUUACGAACUCUGUGUGAAAAUCUUGAAUCUUCUAAAGGGUGCAUUUCCUGCAAGGCUGAAGUGCGUAUUCAUUGUUUCAUCUCCUUUGUGGUUUCGAGCACCAUUUGCUGUUCUCAGGCUUUUUGUGAGGGAGAAGCUAAGAGAGAGGGUCUGCACUGUGAAAGCUCAUGAGCUGGCAAACCACAUACCAAUGGAAUCGUUGCCAGAGCAUCUUGGAGGAUCUUCUAAGUACAGCCAUGUAGCUUGGAUCCAAGCUUGUGUAAAUUCCACCCAAGACCAGCAGAAAGGGGAUUGCAUGGACAGUCUUUUUCACUCCUACACCUUGGAGCAGAAUCCUGCUAGUGAUGGACUGAACUCAAAUUGUAGUCCCCAGACUGUGACUGACAACACCAAACAGCAACAUAAUCAUUAUUGUGAAAACUGGACUAGCAACUUCCAUGCUGAUCCCAGUUCUUUGGGCAAUUUGCAGAACUGGAAUGGUUCUGUGGUGACUGUGAACUAUGACGGAGCUGACGAUUUUAGUGUCAACACAAACGGUCGCAAGCCUCCUCCACAGUCAGAAACCCCACCAGACACGCCUUUACACAAGCAUGCCUCUGAAGAGCUAGCUGUUCCCCCACUGCCACAGAAAUCCCGUCCAUUGCCUUCAGUGAUGGAGAUGUCCAUUCAUUUGCCAGAGGAUGGAGGGUUGCAUAUUCAGGAACUUGUACAGCAUAUAAAAAGGAAAAAGAAGAAAGGUAUAUAUCAAGAGUAUGAAGAAAUCAGGAAAGAACCUCCAUCUGGAACAUUUGAUUACUCCAAGAAGCCUUUCAAUCAGAUCAAAAACCGGUACAGUGAUGUUCUCUGUUUGGACCAGUCCAGAGUAAAACUAAAUGUUGUGGAUGAUGAUGAUGAGACAUCUGACUAUAUCAAUGCAAGUUUUAUGGAUGGAUAUAAAAGAAAGAAUGCUUACAUCGCCGCGCAGGGUCCUUUGCCAAAAACAUUUGUUGACUUCUGGCGUAUGGUAUGGGAACAAAAGGUUUUAAUUAUUGUAAUGACAACAAGAGUUGUGGAAAGGGGUAGAAUAAAAUGUGGACAAUACUGGCCACUUGAAGUUGGGCAGACUGAAGAAUAUGGGCAGUUUUUAAUUAGAAAUAUUCAUAUAGAGAUGUUUCAAGACUUCAAGCUUUCCCAUUUAGAAGUUUACAACAAGGAGACCGGAGAGAGCAGAGAUAUUGCACACUAUCUGUAUAUGAGUUGGCCUGAUUUUGGUGUACCAAAAUCUGCCUCUGCCAUGCUAGAUUUCAGAUCCCAGGUAAAACAGCAUCAGGAAGCAGCAUUUCAGGCUUUUGGAUCUGAAUGGACUGGUCCCCCUGGAGGUCCACCUAUUAUUGUUCAUUGCAGUGCGGGAAUUGGAAGAACAGGUACCUUUUGCACUCUUGACAUCUGUCUGUCCAGACUGGAGGAUAUUGGCACAGUUGAUGUCAACCAGACAGUGAAGAGAAUGAGAACUCAACGUGCAUUUAGUAUUCAGACCUGGGAUCAGUAUUACUUUUGUUACAUGGCUGUCUUAGAGUAUGCACAAAGGAGAGGCUUACUUGCUCCAGUGGAAUGGUCCGAUUCAGACUUGGAGACGGACAGUGAGUAAGACAGGACUUUUGAUGGGAGAGGUCUCCUGUUGCUGUACUUGUGGAUUCUGUUACAUGUAAGGUGUAUACUUAAGUGUCAGCUCUACAGUUUAUAAAGCUUUUGUCACAAAGGAGUUCAAGAACUUGCAUAUGGGAAUGACAAACUUGAAACCAACUUUUUGUUUGUGCUUGAAGUGUAUUCAAAACAUAAAAAAAACUUGAACAUGGAUCUUAAGCAUUCUUUAUUAAAUGGGAAGUUAAUAUAAAUUAUGGCCUCUAUUAUAACGGUGUCAGUGUAGUUUUGUCUGCCUCUGUCGUUCAUUAUUUCUUUUUUUUUCUUUUUUUACUUUUCUCAGUGUCAGUGAUUUGUUACAUAAACUAACCCAAAAGCCAAAGGUAGUACCUAGAUUGCUCAAGUCUUCUUAGCAAUUAGCAGCAGCGCUAUAUAUUUCUGUAACAUACAUUUAUAUUGUGCAUAGAAGUUUUGACAAGCAUUUCAUAUGCUAGACAUGACAUUUGCAAGCAUGUACCGGAUAAGCUUAUUAUAACAAAUAACAUUGUGUUGUUGAUCAGGUCUUUUAAUGCAAACUCUACAUUUCUAGAAAACAUGCAGAAGUUGGCCUUAACAUUUUUGUCGUUCAAACUUCCAUGAUGUAUUAUAUACAAAAGGUAUUUUAGGAGCUUUUUUUUAUUUUUUAUUACUCAACCUGACACUACAAAGUGCAGUGUUUUGUUUAGUGGUCAACACUGCCUUACAUAUAUGUGCCUUUAAUUUAUCUGUAGCACAAUGUCUCCAAUACAUACUAGCAACUGACGUAUACUUGCGUACCAGGAUUGAAUAUUUUUGUAAUCUCAGGGGUAAAUUUAUUGUUGCUAAUUUUAAAUUUAAUUUCUCUUGGUUUAGCUCUGUUAAUUAUGCCAUUUGCAGAAUAGAAUUUUGUUAUGUUUUUGGUCAUUUCUGUAUUUUAUAUGCUGUUUAAUUCAGUUUAUUUAUGUGGCUUUGUAAAUGUUGACAGUAUUAAUAAAUGAUUGUUGGUACGAUGCUAAAAAAGAAAACAGCAUUUUGCUUCUACAACAACAAAAAAAAAAACACAGGUUCGUUCUUGUCUUCCUGAAGUUACUUGGAAGUCUUUUCAGUGAACUGAACAUGGGAUUUUGGAUCAAACAAGAUUCAGAAAAGCAAUUUACAAAGUUAUACAUCCUCCUACAUCAAGCAUAGUGGAUUUCAGAACUUAAACAUUUUUAUUUGCCAGUACCAUAAUAAUUCAUAUGGGGGUGUAGAUAGAGAAUUUUUACAAGGCAAAUAACUUGUCAAAUUUCAUAUUAUGUUUUAUCAUUCCCAGCUGGGGAUAAAAUCCCCUGCGAAAGGCGUAAGUGUGUUUGUAUGUAACUUACACUUCACACAUGUUUCCAUAUAUCCAGAGAACCACUUCAGCAAUUGUCAUGAAACUUUCUAUUAACAAUAUUUAGGAUAUGUUGGUCAGAUUCUGGGUAAAAAUCUAAAUAAAAACGUUGGUUUUUUAAAAGUUCAAAGUUGAGUAUGGGCUCCAGAAUUGCUCUGGUUUAACUUAUGCAAGCAUUUGUGUAAAAGUACAUCAUUCAU